AUGGCUUCCAUGCUGAGCCCAGUCCAAGAAUGGCUGGCUGAUCCCAAGCAUCAACUCUCACUGGCGUCGAUCUGCGGACUGGUUUUCGUGGCAUUAUGCAUCGAAUACCUACUUCGCUUCGCCUACACGUGUUUCCUAAAGCCACAUACUGGCGACGCCAGUGGAAACCAGCAAGAUGCUCUCGAGAGCUUUUACAAGUCCCAGGCCUCUAUCUACGAUGUCACCCGAUCCAAGCUACUCCAGGGAAGAGAAGACAUGCUCGCUCUUGUGGCAGCUCAGGUCAAGCACAGACGAGACACAGGCCAGAUUUCAAAGAAGCCUAUCUGGGUGGAUAUCGGAGGAGGAACAGGCUGGAACAUUGAGCAUAUGGGUCAGCACGUGGAUGUGCCAAAUUCCUUCCACGCUGUAUAUCUAGUCGAUCUCAGCACAUCUUUGUGCGAGAUCGCGCGACAGAGAUUUCAGAGAUUGGGCUGGAAGAAUGUUCACGUCAUUUGCGAGGACGCUAGAGUCUUUCGCUUGGCAGAUUACGAGGCCGGUAUCGAGGACGAGAAACGAGACUUCAGCAUUGGUCGAUCCGCCUACGACACUGAUGCACGUGACAGCGUUGGAGCGGACGUUUUGACCAUGUCAUACAGUCUGAGCAUGAUUCCCGAGUUCCAUCCGGCCAUUGACAGCGUUGCCAAUCUCCUGGCCCCGAAUGGCAUCGUAGGUGUGAUUGACUUCUACGUUCAGAAUAAAGUGGAAUUUGCCGGCCGAAACUACACUGGUGGCAGCAUUGACAGGCACUGUAUGUGGAUCUCGCGAGUUUUCUGGAGAACCUGGUUUGAGCUUGAUCGCGUUAAUCUGGAAUCCGCUCGCCGCGACUAUAUUGAGUAUAAGUUUGGUACGAUUCUCAGCACCAACCGCAGAUGCCACCUUCUUGGCUUCCGCAUUCCGUACUACAUCUUCAUUGGAUGUACCAGGAGCCACGUCAACCCACUGGAGCAGGUUGCAGCUGUGGACGCCGAUGUGACUGAAAGCCCGUUCAUUACUGCUCUCGAUAUUCAUGCACGUGGCCUCACGAAACGCCGCUCCUCGAGCGCUGAUCGAAGAAGCAAGGCCUACGAUACCGCCGUCGUAAAUCUCGCGGCCAGCCUUCCACUUCCUGCAGCAUACUACCAGAACAACAAGACACGAAUCUACUAUGACGACACUCUCCCUAAGCACCGCCAAUUUAACGACGAGUACAUCUAUGCUUUCACCUGGGAAGACUCCCGCGUUGAUUCUCGCUUGCUCAAGAUCACCUCUGAGGAUGUCAUCCUUGCUAUCACAUCCGCAGGCGAUAACAUCCUCGCAUACGCCACAGAACGACCCAAGCGAAUCCACGCAGUCGAUCUGAAUCCGACUCAGAAUCACCUUCUCGAGCUCAAGGUUGCAGGGUAUCGUGGUCUCGAUUACGCCGAUUUCUGGAAACUGUUCGGAGAAGGCAAGCACGAGAACUUUCACCGACUCCUCCUCGAACGCCUCUCCCCCCACCUCUCCUCACAAGCAUUCGACUACUGGCUCCACGCCGGUCCCUCCACGUUCAACCCCAAGGGCAAAGGACUCUACUUCACCGGCGGCAGUCGCCACGCUCUCCAACUUGUCAGCUGGCUCGGCUCCCUUCUCGGUAUCAGAAACGAUAUGCGAAAACUUUGCGAAGUCGAGACACUGGCCGAACAGCGUGAGAUCUGGAACAAACGUGUCCGACGAGUCCUGCUCUCUCAACUCCUGGCGUAUUUUGUCGUAGGAUCUGAGCGUUUCCUCUGGAAAGCUCUCGGUGUUCCAGGCGAGCAGAGAGCCAUGAUUGAAGAGGAUUUCAAGCGAGAGCUGGCAUCUAAGGGUGACUCAAGAAAAUCUGAUCAGGAGAAAGUCGAGCACAAGAGCGGUUCUCAAGGCGAGGGACCUCUGAAAAGUGGUCAAGCGAUCUGGAACUAUGGUGUCCAAACCCUAGAUCCCGUCGCCAGGGAGACAUUAUUAAGUGAGGACAAUCACUACUACCUGCUCUGCUUAUUAGGCCACUACACAAAACGCAGCCACCCAACCUACCUAACCCCAAAAUCCCACCUCAAACUCUCCUCCACCCCCUCCUCCCCCCUCUCCGACAUCCGCAUCCACACCGACGAACUCGCCGAAGUUUUCGCCCGCAUGCAACCCGACUCCCUCACCAUCGCCGUCCUCAUGGACAGCAUGGACUGGUUCACCCCAGGCGGUCCCGAGGCACCCGCACAAUGCAAAGCUGUCAAUCGGGCACUGAAACUCGGUGGAAGGGUUUUGAUCAGGAGUUCUGGGUUGCUGCCUUGGUAUAUUGCUGUUUUUGAGGAGUGUGGGUUUUCGGCGAAGAGGGUUGCGGCGAGGAUUCCGAGGGGGAUGUGUACGGAUCGGGUUAAUAUGUAUGCUAGUACUUGGAUUUGUACGAAGGUGGAGGGUUUGAAGGUGGAGGACCAGGUGGAAUGGGUAGGUAGAUGA